ACUAUUAAACAGUCCAUUAACAUGAAAGCCAUGAAGACUUUUAAUUAAUGUACUCUUUUCAAUGUAUUUAUGUAAUGUGAUAUUUUGAUAUGCUGCUUAAGAAUGUUGUAGCUCCCUGGAGGUAUUCAUUGUUUCUGUAUUGUAUUGCACUCCUCUGCAUCAUAUCCGUUCAGAAAGUUUAUAAAAAAAAAAAGAAGAAGUAAUUUCAGGAAACAGGCCCUCUCCCCUGUUUCCUCCUCUGGGUGAGUUAGAGGACAGAACUGGACUUUGUCUUGUUUGAUCAGAGAGACGGACAGAGAGGAACACAGAGCAGCUUCUUCUCUCCUCCAGUUUCCUCACAUGGAAAAGAGUCUGAAGAAGAUGUGAAGAGAGUUCAGGUGUGUGUUCUGCCAUGGAUCAGUGUGAGGACAGAGAGGAGGGAGUCCCUCCCUCUAAAAGGACUCUGUGUGGAGAACAUGAGAACCAGACCACAGCUCAGAGGUCAGAGCCUGAAGUUGAACCCAGCUGUGUGUCCCUGAAGAGUGACCUGUCCAAGGACUUGUCGAUAAACUUCAGAGGACACUCUGACUCUGAGUCUUCAUCCAGCUGUGUGUCCCUGAAGAGUGACGGGUCCAUGUUUGAACCCAUUGAGUUUAAAUGUGGAGCAGGAGGAGCUGAUGAGGGCGUCAGCCAGCAGAGCUCCCAGGCUCUCCGUGGAGGCUCCGCCCCUCAGCAUCAAACACAUCUGGACUCCAUCUUUAUGCUGCUGGAGGACAACAUGGUGGCUUUCAUGAAGGAGGAGCUGAAGAAGAUGAAGAAGCUCCUGAGUCCAGAUUACCCAGCAUGCUUUGGAAGUGAGAGAGAGGAUGAGGAUGAAGAGCGGGGGAGCAGCAGAGAGUCAUUAGUGAGGAUGACUCUGGACUUCCUGAGGAGGAUGAAGCAGGAGGAGCUGGCUGAGCAUCUGUGGAGCAGAACUUCUGCUCCAAUCUGCCAACAGAAGCUGAAAUGUGGGCUGAAGAAGAGGUUCCAGUGUGUGUUUGAAGGAGUCUCUAAAGCAGGAGAGUCCACCUUCCUGAACCAGAUCUACACAGAGCUCCACAUCACAGAGGGAGGGGCUGCAGAGGUCAAUGAGGAACAUGAGGUCAGACAGAUUGAAGCAGCAUCCAGGACAGCAGACAGAGCAGAAACAAGCAUCAGACCAGGAGACAUCUUUAAAGCCUCACCUGGAAGAUCUCAACCAAUCAGAGCAGUGCUGACAAAGGGAGUGGCUGGCAUUGGGAAAACAGUCCUGACUCAGAAGUUCACUCUGGACUGGGCUGAAGACAAAGACAACCAGGACAUCCACUUCACUUUUCCAUUCACCUUCAGAGAGCUGAAUGUGCUGAAGGAGAAGAAGUUCAGCUUGGUGGGACUUGUUCAUCACUUCUUCACUGAAACCAAAGAAGCAGGAAUCUGCAACUUUGAAGACUUCCAGGUGGUCUUCAUCUUGGACGGUCUGGAUGAGUGUCGACUCCCUCUGGACUUCCAGCACACUGAGUUCCUGACUGAUGUUACAGAGUCCACCUCAGUGGAUGUUCUGCUGACAAACCUCAUCAGGGGGAAACUGCUUCCCUCUGCUCGCCUCUGGAUCACCACACGACCUGCAGCAGCCAAUCAGAUCCCUGCUGACUGUGUGGACAGGGUGACAGAGGUCCGAGGGUUCACCGACCCCCAGAAGGAGGAGUACCUCAGGAGGAGGUUCAGAGAGGAGGAGCAGGCCAGCAGGAUCAUCUCCCACAUCAAGACCUCCAGGAGCCUCCAUAUCUUGUGCCACAUCCCGGUCUUCUGCUGGAUCACUGCUACAGUUCUGGAGAAGGUGUUGAAGAGCAGAGAGGAAGGAGAGCUGCCCAAGACCCUGACUCAGAUGUACAUCCACCACCUGGUGGUCCAGGCCAAAGUCAAGACGGUCAAGUAUGAUGGAGGAGCUGCCACAGAUCCACACUGGAGUCCAGAGAGCAGGGAGAUGAUGGAGUCUCUGGGAAAACUGGCUUUUGAGGAGCUGCAGAAAGGAAACCUGAUCUUCUAUGAACCCGACCUGACAGAGUGUGGCAUCGAUCUCAGAGCAGCCUCAGUGUACUCAGGAAUGUUGACCCAGAUCUUCAGAGAGGAGAGCGGCCUGUACCAGGACAAGGUGUUCUGCUUCAUCCAUCUGAGCCUUCAGGAGUUUCUGGCUGCUCUUCAUGUCCAUCAGACCUUCAUCAAGUCUGGAAUCAACCUGCUGGAAGAGCAACAGCAACCCUCCGAUUGGUCAAAUAUUAGGAAGCAGAAACCUAAUCUCCACCUUCUCCAUCAGACAGCAGUGGACGAGGCCUUGAAGAGUCCAAAUGGACACCUGGACUUGUUCCUCCGCUUCCUCCUGGGUCUUUCACUGCCGACCAAUCAGAGUCUCCUUCGAGGUCUGCUGACACAGACAGGAAGUAGUUCACAGACCAAUCAGGAAACAGUGCAGUACAUCAAGAAGAAGCUGAGUGAGAGUCUGUCUGCAGAGAGAAGCAUCAAUCUGUUCCACUGUCUGAAUGAACUGAAUGAUGGUUCUCUGGUGGAGGAGAUCCAACAGUCCCUGAGAUCAGGACGUCUGUCCACAGAGGAACUGUCUCCUGCUCAGUGGUCAGCUCUGGUCUUCAUCUUACUGUCAUCAGAAGAAGAUCUUAAGGAGUUUGACCUGAGGAAAUACUCUGCUUCAGAGGAGGCUCUUCUGAAGCUGCUGCCAGUGGUCAAAGCCUCCAGCAAAGCUCUGUUGAGCUGCUGUGGUCUGUCAGAGAGAAGCUGUGGAGCUCUGUCCUCAGUUCUCAGCUCUCAGUCCUCCAGUCUGACACAUCUGGACCUGAGUAACAACGACCUGCAGGAUUCAGGAGUGAAGCUACUGUCUUCUGGACUGGAGAGUCCUCACUGUAAACUGGAAGCUCUCAGUCUGUCAGGGUGUCUGGUCUCAGAGGAAGGCUGUGCUUCUCUGGUCUCAGCUGUGAGCUCCAAGUCCUCCCAUCUGAGAGAGCUGGACCUGAGCUACAACCAUCCAGGAGCCUCAGGAGUGGAGAAGCUGUUUGCUGCAGUGGAGGAUCCACAGUGCAGUCUGGACACUCUCAGGGUGGACCAUGGUGGAGAGCAGUGGUUAAAACCUGGUCUGAAGAAGUAUUUCUCUCAACUUGAACUGGAUGAAAACUCAAUGAGCAGAUUCCUCAAACUGUCCAACAACAACAGGAAGGUGACACAUGUGGAGGAGAAGCAGCCGUAUCCUGAUCAUCCAGACAGAUUUCACUUCUGGUCUCAGCUGCUGUGUAGAAAUGAUCUGAGUGGUCGAUGCUACUGGGAGGUCGAGUGGAGCGGAUUUGUUUGUAUAUCAGUGAGUUACAGAGGAAUCAGGAGAAGAGGAGACAUGAAGGAGUGUGUGUUUGGACGGAAUGAUCAGUCCUGGUGUCUGAUUUGCUCUGAACAAGGUUGCUGUGUCAAGCACAAUGACAGAGCAACAUCCAUCUCCUCCUCCUCCUCCUCCUCCUCCUCCUCCUCCUCCUCCUCCUCCUCUGGUAGAGUAGCAGUGUAUGUGGACUGUCCUGCUGGCUCUCUGUCCUUCUUCAGAGUCUCCUCUGACUCUCUGAUCCACCUCUACACCUUCAACACCACAUUCUCUCAACCUCUCUAUGCUGGAUUUACAGUCCUGUCCUCUGGUUCUUCAGUGAGUCUGUGUCCUCUGUAGGAAGGACGGUCUCUGUCUCUGACAGCAGUCCUGUCAGCACCAAUCAGAGAUCCAGGGCCCUAACUUCUUAGGCUGAAUCCCAUUUCACCCCUUAGCCCUUCCCCUUGGCCCUUCCUCUCGUUUUGCACGUUCACGUGGAGGGUAGGAGUGUCCCAAUUGUCAUUAUGACGGAGGGGUAGGGCCAAGAAGGAGGGCCAGUCACCCCUCCAAAAGGAGAUUCUCGAGAGGCACACUCCAAACGGAGGGGUAUGAUGCAGUGGCGGCCGAUGGCGAGUGGCGCUUGUUCUGUCAGCCCCCGACCAUGAUUGGCGGGCAGGGUUAAUUCACUUCCGCAUUGGCGGGAACGAUCGUUUCCAUACCCGCACAUUCCAAACACAACAGAUAGACGAUUAUUUUCAAUAAACUGGUUUCUUCAACACUGUCCGCCUGGAAUGCGCGGGUGUGAAACGAGCGCCCCCGACAAUGCGGAAGUGAACUAAGCCCGCCCGCUACUGACGGUCCAGACGAUCAAAACAAGCGCCCCUCGCCACUGGCGCCACUGGAUGACAGAUUUCUCAGAAAGCCUUCCAAGAUCGGCAAGAUGGCGGCGUCCGCAACGAAAGACGUUCAUAAAUGUCAG